AUGCCACCACACGACAGGUGGAAACAGAGCUGCUACCAUGUCUGAGAUACUACAGCAUCAGAUUAUAUGCAUACAACCCUCUAGGAGGUGCUGUGCAUAAUGUAACAACUCUAACACAUGACAAGAUAUUUAGAGUGUUAUAAAUAAUGUUAACGUCUGGUGAGAACUUGGUAUACCACUCACACUGCUGUUCUGUGCACCCAGGGGGCCUUCUCACAAGUACCAUUAUCAGGACAAAGAUGGUUCGCAGCCUUCAGGAUGCUUCUUUGGUAACAUCUGGGCAGAGAUAGGUGAGAUGACAACAGAAUAACAUUGUAUUAAUAACAUAGUAUAGUAACAGUAGUUACUCACAAUGAAAACAUUAUUUGUCCAGAUUACCUUUACACUAGAUACAAUAAAACAUUACCUUUGGAUGAUUCAUGUGUUGUAUGUAAGGUACUGGAAGGAAAGCCACUUCCACACUACAGACCUUGUUCGGAAGGCACUGGAGACGGUGUAUGGCUCAGACAAACCCACUAUGACAUCUGCUGCUCUACACUGGAUGUACCACCACUCCCACCUCAAGGUAACAAGCCACAUGCAACAAGAACAGGGACAACCCACUAUCAGCUAGGUCACUUUGAUUUUAAAGCUACAAUAUGUAACUUUUUGGGCGACCAAACCAAAAGUUAUAGAUCUGUCAUUCCCAUUGAAAGCAAGUCUAAGAAGCAGAUCUGUUCUAUGUGCGCCAUUUCUAUGCUUCCCGUUCUUACGUUUAUUUUUUGUAGUCUAUUACUUGUAGUUUUGCACACCAGCAUCAAACAGCUAAAAAUACAAUAUGUUUGGUUAUGGAAAAUAUAUUUCACAGCAGUUUAGAUGGUACAAUGAUUCUCUACACAAUGACUGCUUUUUUUUUGUCACAAACUGAAAUUAGGCUAACUAUUACAAUUUUAUCAACCAGGAAAUGUCAGAACGAUUUCUACAUAUUCCACCUUUAAAUGAAAUAAAUCACUUUUUCACAAUAAGUUGAACAUGACAAUUGCCACUCAAUGUUAGCAGUACUAUUUACAAUUAUCAACACAAUGUUUAGUUAGUGUGGUGUAUGUAGUGCUAAUGGUUGGGUCCUCUUGUACCUCUAGAUGAGCGGGUGGUGGAGGCCUUCAAACAGGUCUGGGACCUGGAGGCUGACAAUGGCCCCAACUACUUCCGCUAG